AACACAGAUAAUACAAGGAUAAAUAACUAUAUACACAGGGGUAUUGAGAUCAAAUGCAUAUCUCUAAUAACAAAAUAAAUACAAAGAUUCUUAGAAAGGAUGAAAUUUCAAGGCCUUACAACAGUCUAUAGUCUUUUUUGCUUUGGUGUUCCUACAAAGCUCAAAUUUAAACUGUAUUAAACUAGGCGUAUUUUUUGCCCAUCGACAUUUAUGAAUAUGAUAUUUCCCUAAAAUAAUAAACAAAUUAAGAACAAAACAAAUUUUCUUUUCUAAAGGCGUGUCGUAAAAAAAUAAAAUAUUUUUGUCCUCCAGAUUAAUGUCAGCUCCAGAGAUCUCCUUAAAAAAGACCUCAAAAUCACACCAGAACAAUUUAGUGCAAAUACACUCAAAAAAAAUUUAUAAAGAGUCUCAUCAUACAAAUUACAAAACAGACAUUUCAAAUCAAUAUCUUUCUUAAAUCUUUUUAUAACCUGAUUAACUGGGUAAAUUAAUCAUUUUAAAUGAAACCUCAUGGAUCUUAUUGGUGACACAGUAUCUCCUAGAAACUAAAAAAACCUUCUCCCACUGAAUGUCCCGGAAUUGUGAAUUCCAAAAGCUUUUAGCUUGGGGGUAUCCUAAGUGAAUGACAAAUCUGUCUAAGGAAAUUGCUGCAUUUUUUUUAUCAACAAUACUUAUACCAUCUAACCUUAAAUUAAAAUCAAUAGUUGCAUCCAAAUCAACAACAUUAGCACUUCGCAACAACUGAAGGAGGCCAGAAGGUAUAGCAUCAAAAACAACUGCAUAAUCCUUUGCAGAUAUAGGAAAUAACUGUAAAAUGUUGUUCCUAAACCAAUAUUUAAAAAAAAGUGUUUUAUUCUUAUAUUUAAUAUCCUUAUUAUUCCAUAUCAAACAUCUGUGGGUAGAGAAAUUGUGUUUAUACGCCAAUAACCAGGAUAACAGAGCUUGCCUAUGAAAGUUAGACAGCUUAAUGGGGAUUUUAUUAAUAUCAAAGUUACAACUGAGGAGAAAUUUAAUACCGCCAAUUUUGUUAAAAACCACAAUUUGUUAUUAGAUUUAGGCUAAUACAAUUCUGAAUCCAUUUAAUUUUAAAGAUAGUAUCAGAAACUUCAAAGUCAAUAGCAUUUAAACCACCUUGAUGAAAUAAAUUCCCUAUUAUACCUCUAUUCAAGUAAUGUGGCCUAUUCUUCCAAAUAAAAUUAUACAUUUUCUUAUUAACCUGUGUAAUAAUUGACUUUGGAGCAUCUAAAACCAUUGCUGUAUAGGCUAGUCUUGACAAUCCUUCAGCUUUUGAUAGCAAUAUUCUACCAGUCAAAGAUAGAUCUCUAAUUAACCACGUAUAGCUGAUCCACCACCUGCGCGCAACCUCACUGACGUAAUCCAGGAUGUGCACAGCAGAAUUCCACGCAGUACACACAUUCGUGACGUCACACAGAGGACCAGCACACAGAAGCGAUUGAACGGAGCAACAGAAAUUCUUGCUUUUACUGACAAAUUUUAACUUACCUUUUUAUAAGGAAGUUAGCCAUGUCGGUGAAUUACGCCGCGGGACUGUCUCCAUAUGCGGAUAAAGGCAUUUGCGGCCUCCCGGAGGUGUUUGACAGCCCAGAGGAGUUGAAGACUAAAGUGGAGACACUGGCCCAGUGGAUCAAGGAGUCGCAGUACAUGGUGGUGCAUUCAGGAGCUGGAAUCAGCACGUCCACAGGGAUCCCGGACUUCAGAGGACCUAAAGGAGUGUGGACAAUGGAAGAGAGAGGCGAGACGCCUCACUUUAACACCACGUUUGAGGAUGCGCGUCCCAGCGUGACUCACAUGGCUCUGCUACAGCUGCAGAGGGCGGGACACCUUAAAUACCUCAUCAGCCAGAAUGUAGACGGCCUUCACCUGCGCUCCGGCUUCCCCAGGGAUCGAUUGUCGGAGCUGCACGGGAACAUGUUUGUUGAAGAGUGUGAGAAGUGUGGCAAGCAGUAUGUUCGGGACACGGUAAUUGGAGUGAUGGGUCUGAAGCCAACCGGACGCUACUGCGAUGUCACCCGUUCCAGAGGACUCCGAUCUUGCAGAGGGAAGCUGAUCAGCACUAUAUUGGACUGGGAGGACUCGCUGCCUGACAGAGACCUGAACAGAGCUGAUGAGGCAUGUAGGCGAGCCGACUUGGCCUUGACGUUGGGUACAUCUCUUCAGAUUAAACCUAGUGGAGAUCUUCCUCUUCUAACCAAACGUACAGGAGGGAAGGUGGUUAUAGUCAACCUUCAGCCUACAAAACAUGACAAGCACGCCCACCUGCUUAUCCACGGCUAUGUAGAUGAGGUCAUGGGCCAGUUGAUGAAGCUGCUGGGAUUGGAGGUUCCAGAGUGGGCGGGGCCGACGCUGUGUGAAAGCUCAGGUGGAGACCUGGACAUCCUCCCCUUUGGAGCCUGGAAAAAGGAAGUAAAGAUCGAGCUGAAGAUAGAGGAAAAUAAAGAUGCUGUCCCAAAGAAACGAAAGAAGAAAGAGCAGGGUGGCGAGAUAAACUGCAAGAAAGAUGUUAAAGUAGAAGAAGAGACAAAAGAAGAGGGAAAGGAAGCUGCGUUUAGUGACUCUCGACCAAUCAAAGCACAGACGGACAUUGAACAGCCCCCUUCUUAGAGCCGUAUCACAAUCAGACAGAAACUGAAUGACACAUCUCAGGAAGUGUGGUCACCAUAUGCCCCGUGUUUACGUCGUCAUGAGGAAAACCUAGACUCAAACCUGUUAGAUGCUGAGUUCUUGUAUGCACACUGAGCAGAAGGAAGUGAUGUCAUAGAGUGUGUGCUAUUACAGCUAGUUAGUGGAUAAUUUAGUUUGGUAUGAUUUCUAUUUGUCAGCCGAUCCUGCAGUUAUUCAGUUUUGGUGAAUCAUGGUUUUGUACUGUAAAAUAAUGUGAUCUUUUUUUAACCUCUAAUAAAUCAGGUUUGUAAAAGUAAGGUUCACUGCAUGAAACACGUCUGAUACAGCUGAAGACAAAAUUAAGACAAAAUUUCAAACAUUUCCCAAGUGAUGUUUAACAGAGCAAGGGCAUUUCUUAUUAUAUUUUCCUCUGGAGAAAAAGCCUUAUUUUUUAUUUUAUUUGCCUGGAAUAAAAGAAUUAUUAAAAAAAAAAAAAAAAAAAAAAAAAAAAAGGUCAAUAUUAUUCACCCCUUAAGAAAUUAUAUGUUUUAUUAGCUACGGAACAAACCACUGUUAUCCAAUGAUUUGCGUAAUUAACCUAAUUAAUCUUGUAAGCCUUUAAAUUGCACUUUAAGCUGAGGAUUAGCAUCUCGCAAAACAACUAGUAAAAUAAUACGUAGUGUCAUCAUGGCAAAGACAAAAGAAAUUAGUUUAGACUUGAGAAAAAGAAUUGUUUAUGCUCACAAGGGAGGAAGAGGAUAUACACGUUUAUCAAAGCGUUUCAAGAGUUUCAAACUUUUGAACAGUAAUGUGUAUGUGUUUUUUCAGAUCUAUUAAAAACAUUUCCGUUUAUUUAGGUAAUUUUGCAUUUCAGUUGAAUCACACUCUUAAAAGUGCAAUAAGCGAUUUCUGAGAAACACUAUUGAAAGUAGAUCGGACCAAGCAACACAACAAACUUGUAGCUAAUCGGCAGUAGGGGGCGUGUCCAGUCUUGAUGGCAGAGGAGAGAGUUAGUCAAUCAGCAGUAGGGCGUGUCCACUCAUGAUGAGGGAGGAGACAAAGUGAGCCGAUCAGCUGUAAGGGAAGGGGUGUGUCCACACAUAAUGGGGGAGGAGUCAGAGUGAGCCAAUCAGCAAUAGGGGGCAUGUCCACUUAUGAUGGAGGAGGAGAGAAAGUGAGCCAAUUAGCAGUAGGGGGUGUGUCCAUUGAAGAUGAGGAUUAGUAUCUUGCAAAACAUCUAGUAAAUUAAUAUGUGCUGAUGAGAUACUGGAGGGGAAGGAUAUACACGUUUAUCAAAGCAUUUUUAAGUGUCAAGAACUACUGUGAGAAGUUUUAUCAAGAAGUUUGAAGAGACCCACACAAGACUGGCAGAGGCAGGAAGCGAAAGAUUUCAAAAACUUUGGAAAGAAAACUAGUGAGAGAGGUUUCUAAAGACCCAAGAACAACUGCCAAGACACUAGUGAAUGAUUUAUCCAAGUCUGGGAUUGAUGUCUCAACGAAGAUGGUCACUAAAGCCCUGCACAGGAAUGGACUGCGAGAUUGCAGACCAAGAAAAACUUCUGAAGAAGAGACACCUCCAAGCUAGACUGAAGUUUGCCAAGGAUAACCUGGAGAAAAAUGAUGCAUACAGGAAAUGUGUCCUUUGGUCAAAUGAGGCAAAACUAUAGCUCUUUGGCCAUAGAGAUGUUGCAUAUGUUUGGAGAAAGAAGGGGAAGACGCUCAACCCAAAGAACAUCAUUCCCACAGUGAAACAUGGCAGUGGGAGUAUAAUGCUGUGGGGAUGUUUCAGUGCGUUUGGGACUGGGAAUCCUGAAAAAGGAAGAUGAUGAGAAGAUUUUGAAAGACAACCUCAGGCACUCUGCAACAAAACUUGGUUUGGGACGAUAUUUUGUCUUCCAGCAUAAUAACGACCCAAAACAUACCUCACUUCUGGUGAAGAACUACUUCCAAAUGAGCACAAAGCCCAGAAUUGAAUCCAAUAGAAAUAUCUGUGGGGCACAACGAAGACCAGAGUCCAUGCCAGGUGGCCAACAAAUCUGGAUGAGCUUGAGAGAUUUGCUAAGGAGGAAUGGGCUGUGGCGACUCAGAAGACGUGCCUGAAACUUGAACUAAACAACAACAAAUGACGAUACAUUGACUAUUAAAGGGGUCCUUGAUUAUGAUUUCACUUUUUUAACUUUAG